AUGGCGAGGAUACAAGUGUUAAAACUUCUAAUAUGCAGCUGUGUCGUACUGUGUAGAAAUGUCGAUCGCGGAGACUCCACGGCGACUCUUAACGACGUUGUAGGCUCUAGAAUUCUCGGGAUCUUGCGUCAGCUGGGUGAUCUCUCUGCAUGGAAGCAUAUAUACAUAUUGGGAAGGCCUGCAAUAAAUUCGUUUAUAAGGUGCCCCACUUGCAGCUACAGACUUUGUGUUGCAUAUUUUUCGGAGUUGAGUAUAUUAGAUUACAAAGCUUUGAAGUUUGUGCCAUUUAUGUUAGCUGCUUCUGCUGUGUUUCUCGCUCGAUUCAUCAUCUGUCCCAAACAACAUCCUUGGAAUCACAUGUUAGACGAGCACACAAAAUACAAAGCAGCUGAUCUACAACUGUGUCUUGGAAUCAUACAUGACUUAUAUUUGAGCAAAGAGGAGGUUCUCUUCAGAAUAUCAGAGAGAAAUACAAGCACCAUAAGUUCCAGUCUGUUGCGGGCAACUACUGGUUACCUUUUGCGAGGGUGUUAUCAUUUUAUCCGAAGCUUUGCACUUGAAGCAAAAGGCUAA